AUGGUUGAGCUGGAUUGGCUGGCAAUUCGUCCUCGCCUUGUUCUUUAUGCCAUUUUGCUCUUUUCAGCUGUCCGUUUUUAUGUUCAAAGGCGCCGUCAACGCGAGGCCGACAGACUCUUUGGUCAGCAGCAUGGCUGUCAACCCAUCAACUCGAAGCUCCCAUAUGAGUGGCCUCUGGGGCUCGACAUCCUCAAGAAACAGUACGACGCAUUGAUGCGCGGGAACCUCUUUGCCUACCAGAGAGAGUAUUUCGAGCGCUUCCAAGUCGGACAGACCUUUGAGACUAGGCUCCUGGGCCGCGUUGGGUACUUUACCAUGGACCCCAAGAACUUGGAGGCGAUGCUCCAGACCCGGUUUGAUGACUGGGAACUUGGCAACAGUCGGGAUGCAGUCCUACCCAUGAUUGGCAACGGUAUAUUCACGCAGGACGGCCAUGCCUGGAAGCACUCUCGCGAGAUCCUGCGUCGCCAGUUCGUGCGGAUGCAAUACCAGGACAUGACAAUCUUCGAGACUCCAGUUGAGACGAUGCUGGGGCGUCUGCAGGACUGUACGGGCGUGGUUGAUCUCCAACCUGUAUUCUUCAGCUUCACCUUGGCCACAACUAUCUUGCUCAUCUUUGGGGAGCUGUCUGCAGACAUCAAACAAAGCGACAACGACACCUUCGAAGAGGCAUUCGAUUACACCUCGUUGAUAUCAGCAAUGCGCAUGAGAUUGGCUGAGUUUUGUUGGCUAUAUAACCCUUCCAAGUACAGAAGGAGCUGCAAUGUGCUUAGGGAAUACGCGUCCCGGUUUGUUGACCAUGCGCUUGAGGAUGUGAAAGCGAACGGAGAGGAAAUGGCUGAGAAGCGCCAUCCGUUUACCGUUGACCUUCUUCGCGAGCUUAAGGACCCCAAGCUUGUGCGUGACCAGCUCAUGAAUGUCCUUAUCGCGGGCAGAGACACAACAGCCUGUUUGAUGUCGUGGGCAUGUUACCACCUUGUCCGAAAUCCUGCAGCCCUCGAGCGGCUUCGUGAAGAGAUAGCAUCCAUCGCCCCCAAGGGAGAGCGUCUGACAAGGCCACAUAUUAACAAAAUGGCCUACCUCCGAUGCGUCCUCAAAGAGACGAACCGCCUUUACACGCAAGUCCCUGUGAACGUCCGUCUGGCCCGCCAAACCACAUACCUACCACGUGGUGGCGGUCCCGAUGGCGAAUCCCCGAUACUGAUUCCAAAGAAUACGGGCGUCGGCUUCUCCGCGUACCACAUGCACCGCAGCAAGGAGAUCUACGGCGACAACGCGAACGAAUUCCGGCCUGAGAGGUGGGAAGGCCCGCAGCCGAAGAAUUUGGGGUUUGCGUUUAUGCCGUUCCAUGGUGGGCCGCGAGUGUGCCUUGGAAAGGAUUUCGCACUCAUGGAGGCAUCAUAUGGCCUCGUCCGUCUGCUCCAGGAAUUUCCGAACCUGAGGAUCGCGCCGGAUGUUGCGCAAACGACUCCUGGGUUAGAGAAGCAGAACCUAACAAUCGUCCUGUCUAGUGCUGAGGGGUGCAAAGUUUUGUUGCGCUGA